AUGGACUACAGUUUUCCGAUGCCACUGGAGAGUCGUAUGACACCGUGUCGUGACUUCCACUGCUUGACCCGUAUAUCUAAUGAUGCCGACGUCGUUGAGUCGUUGCUUGAUGCCUUCAACGGCGAAAUUUUAGCUGUCCUGAACGAGCAAGCGCCUGUUGCCCCGCAGAUCAAGAGGAGACACAGGGAACCAUGGAUCACACAUGAGUUGCAAACCAAGAGACGAGAGCGCGAUCGUUUAUACAAGGAAGCAAGGCGCUCUCGCUGCCCGAUUCUGUUGCCUGAGUUCAGACUACUGCGUAAGCAACUGAAAAUAGAUAUUAGAGAAGAUUAUUUCUUCUGGCAUCUGGAUGGGGCUGGUAUCAGUCAGCACAGUGGAGAGAUGGGUCUACUCACAGCAAAAAAUAGAGAUGGAUCUCCUUUAAAUACCUUCAAGACUCAAGAGCUAAUGGAGCAUUAUUCGGCUAUCACCUACAGACAUCCACCGUGCUCGGGUGAAGAAUUGGCAGCCGCAAUUGAGACCCCAACACUGCACGUUGCACAACCUUUUGCAUUCAGACAUGUGGACGGUAGAGAGGUCCUUGUUACUAUGUACGCAUGUCUUUUAAAGUCAAAGGGCCAAAGCUGCGACAGUAUUUCUAUGAGGUAUCUGAGGGACUCAUUGCAUAUAAUAAUGCUAUUUUUCACUCGGAUCUGCAAUACUGUUAAAGACACUUUUCACUAUCCAUCGGCUUAUCUGCGCUCUCUUAUUAUACCGUUAAGCAAGAAACCGAAUCCUGAAAAUCCAUCCGAUACGCGACCAGUGGCAAAUCUGUGCCACCUUGCCAAAUUCCUUGAUACGCUGCUCACGGGAAAGAUGAUGAAUUACUUAGAGUCGAAUGAACUAUUGUCUCUACUGCAGUCUGGUUUUCGCGCCCGACACAGCACCCAGACAGCCCUGCUGAAUCUCCUCGAAGAUGUCCACUUCCCAGGGGAGAAGAAAAAGGUGACUGUGCUGAUUUUAUUCGAUUUCACCAAGGCUUUUGACAGCCUCUCGCAUAGGAUACUUUUGGCUUGGCUGCGAGAAAUGAAUUGUUCAGGCGACUCGCUGCGUUUCAUUCACUCAUACCUAACAGGCAGAUCACAAGCCGUGCUUGACCUUGACGGGACGACGACGGAAUUUAUGCCGAACACAUCGGGCAUACCACAAGGAUCGUCGCCGGGGCCUGUCCUUUUUCUGGCCUACAUAAAUUCAGUUGUGCAUGCCCUAAAUUUCACCAGUUCCACUUGGGCUCUCUUUGCAGCGCAAAGAGCUGUUCGUGUACAUUCAAGUCUUAGACGACCUCCAGACAGCUUCACUAUGGCAGAUGGUUCAAUGGAUUUCUUGAGCACCAUGACAGAUUUACACCGCGUGAUAUUAAAGUGCCUUUUGCGUCAGCUAGAGCGGUUCGAUGAUGUAUAUUCCGAGCACAGGGCCUUGGUGCAAUCUGCACUGGCUGAUCUGGUGAAAUUCCAGGAGCUGGAGUUCCCUGAGGUCGUUGUACUUGGACCCGAUUGCCAUAAUGAAGAUUGGGACCGUGAUACUGAGUUACAAUAA